CUCGCCCAGUCUCCCCAGAAGCAGCGCAGGUGGAGGGGUCAGUCAGGAUGAGUGCGCCCCGGGGGUGCCGCUCCGACCUGGACCCCCGCUACCACCGGCUGUGCGACGUGGCGGGCGCGUGGGGCGUGGCGCUCGAGGCGCUGGCGGCGCUGGGCGCGGCGGCGGCGGCGGGGGCGGCGCUGUGGCUGGCGGGCGCGGCGGGGCGCGUGCAGGACCCGAGCCGGCGGCGCGCGCUGCCCACGCUGCUGCUGCUGCUGGGCGCCGUGCUGGGCGUCUUCGCGCUCACGUUCGCCUUCCUGGUGCGUCUGGACGGCGCCACGGGGCCGGCGCGCUUCGUGCUGUUCGGGGCGCUGCUGGGCGCGGCCUUCGCGUGCCUGCUGGCGCUGGCGGUGCAGGCGGCGCGGCUGGCCCGGGGGCGCGCGCCCUGGCCCGGCUGGGGGCUGCUGGGCCUGGCGCUGGGGCUCAGCCUGGUGCAGGACGCGCUGGCCGUGGAGUACGUGGUGCUGGCCGCGAACGGGACGCGCGGGGACGCCAUCGCCGGCCUGCCCGCCCCCCGGCGCAACCGGGACUUCGUGCUGCUGCUGGUGUUCGUCAUGGCGCUCAUGGCCGCCGCGCUGGGCGCCUCGCUGCUGGCCCUGCGCGGCCCCUUCGCCGGCUGGAGGCGCCACGGGGCGCACGCCGGCCUCACCGCGCUGCUCUCCAUGGCGCUCUGGGCCGCCUGGAUCGCGCUGCUCCUGCUGCCCCAGCCCGGCCCCGACUGGGACGACGCCGUGCUCAGCGCCGCGCUCGUGGCCAACGGCUGGCUGUUCCUGGCCGCCUUCGUGCUGCCCGAGUUCCGCCAGCUCACCAAGCAGCGCGACCCCGCCGACUACCCCGGCGAGGACGCGCCCUGCAAGCCCCAGCUCCUCAAGCCCCGCCUGGGCCUGGACAACCGGGCCUACGCCCCCGACGAGGCCCCCCCACCAGGUCUGGACGAGCCGGGCCCCAUGCUUCACGCCCCGUACUCCACCCACUUCCAGCUGCAGGACAGGGGCCCUGCCGGGGACUUCUCCAUCCCCCGGGCCCAGGCCUGGGCCAGCCCGUACAACGACUACCAGGGUCGGAAGGAGGGCCGCUGACACCCCGGACCCCCGCCAGUCACGCGUGGACGCGGCCCCCGAGCU